AUGGUGCUUGGCGACGACCACCAACCUCAACUAAAUAUUGAAGGUCACUCCGUAAAUGUGCCCAGUGUUAUUAAGGAUCUGGGCAUGUCAUACUCCAAGAGUCUCAAUGUCCCGGAGCACUGUGCCUUGAUAGUCUCCAAAGCACGCAGAACGACCGGGUUUAUCCUCCGAAACUUUAAAACUAGGGACAUCAGAAUGCGCCUUUACAACAUGUACGUUUAACCUGAUCUGGAAUACUGUUCGUUUUCAUUUAGCCUCAUGCGUGCUACUGAGCGGAAGAAAAUAGAAUCCAAGAGAAUUUUAGCCGCGGGACACCGACAUUUGUCUUACCAAGAACGUUGCCGGCUUACGGGCCUUGAUCCUUUAUGGUUCCGUAGAUUACAAAAGGGACUGUUUUUGCUAUUUAAACUCUUAUGUAAUCACACAUUUAACCCACUCAUUUCUUUAAGACAUCAUAUCCACCCCCGACGUUACAGUCACUGUGAGCUCAUUUUAUUUCUUCCUCUGGCACGUGCUGUUAAAUAUCGUCGGUUCUUUUCUCUAAAUGCAAUUGCUAUUUGGAAUAAACUACCAAUGAGUGUGAAAACUCUGCAAAAUUAUUCUUUGUUUAAGAGAACUAUUACUCGAUUUUUGCAUUCAGAAAAGCUUCCUCAAAUUUUGGGUUCUGAAUCCACUGAUCGACUCUACCGUAGCGAUGGCGUUUGUGGUCUCUGAACACUAUGGCCGGUCUCACCAGCUGUUCCUCAACGCCUCUACUUUGACUAUCCCCAACUUCAUGAAAGGAAUUUGACGUCCGAUAAUCUCCGAUACCGUGCAACCCCCUCCCCCCUUCUUGACGGUCGAAAAUCUACCGCCAGCAGUUUUUUUCUCCUGCACCCUUUAAACCAUAAAAACCAUCAUCAACUAUAUUUUUAUUCUUCAGGAGUUUUUUUUCACUGCUGGUCGGAUUUGUGCUUAAUCGCUUCCCUUGACAAUGUCUGUAAACUGGCAUUUAAUAAAUUAAAUUAAAUUAAAUUUGGAAUCCCGUGCGUUCCUGAGCAGUGUGAGUUUUUCAAACGACUUUUGUGUUUCUUAGUGAGAUCUGAGGAGACAUCGAAAGUACUCAGUGUCCUAUAUGAAAGUGAGCGAAAGAAUGGGACCGGUUUGGACUCAGUAUUAAGGUGUUUUGCGCAUAAAGCACUAAACAAUUCCGCCUUGUCCGUGCCAUUAAGGAGGCUAUGUAGGAUAUAAAAGAGAACAGUAUUGUUUUCCUGCUAGUCAAUAAAUCGACAAUAAAAGCGGUCAGUGGAGACAGUUUAUCGUUUAAAUUAUAACGUUAUUCAAAAUUUUACGAGGAAAAUCUUUUAUAUUUGCAUGUAAAAUUUAAUAGGAUUGAGGCUUUCUUGGGUGAAAUCUAUGACAACCUAUUUCCCUUUUAUGAUAAAUCGACAAAGCACAACGAUUCGCUGAGAUGACUUAUGACAAAAAAUAGGCAAUGUUGACAGAUUUACACUGGAAAACUGUGUAAGAGAUUAAGAAAUCGAAUUCAUAAAUAUAAAUUUCAUUAAUUAUUUUAAAAUCCUUCUGCGCGCGUUAACCUUCAGGAGUACUUCAAGAGGUCAUUCAGAAAUUUCUCAGCUCACUGCAAGAAGAGGCGGUGAUGAGUGAGGUAACCGUCAAGUCCCUCAUAGACGCCAUGACAACUGUUGCGAAAGUAACCUAGCUUGCCCACUACCACUCACAUGCGCACCUAACUCUCAUGACAGUUGCUUCCAGCACUGCCGUCAGUGGACCCCUCCAGCAAACUGUUGGCAGUGUUCUACAGCGGUUGACUUUCUUCUCAAACAAACUAAGCACAACAGAGACCCGCUACUGUGAUUUCGACCGAGAACUCCUUGCUGUCCAACUAGAAGCAUAGAAUAGGCAUCCAACACUCUCGAUACUUUCUCGAGGGUCGUAAAGCCGUCGUGCUUAAAUUUAAUUAAUUUCAAUUAUUUUUAUUAAAGACCCGUCGGGGUCCCAUCAAAGCAAGUAAAAAUAAAUUUACAUGCAAAUUUUAGACGAGAUAGGCAAAAUCUGUACAAAGUGCAAUGCAUAGUUUUUGAGAUUAGAAGUCCGUUAAGCAAAAGUCACAAGUCACUCGUUUGUGUCCCCAGGCUUCUGAAAUCUCGCCCUCACGACUCUUCUCUACUUCACGAUGUCCCUCUACUUGAUGGGGCUGGUAUCACCAUUUUCGACAUUUCUACCGGCAUAAACGUCCUUCUGACACAGCAACUUUGCAACGACAUGUCUUCAACUUCCUUCAUAACUUAUCACAUUCUGGAGUGCAGACGACAGUAUAACUCCUAAUUGGUCGAUUCGUCUAGCUCAGCUGCAAACGGAGUGUGAGACGUUGGACCUGAUCUUGUCUCCCAUUUCAGCAGGCCAAAACUCCUCAGCAUGCCGUUCCUCCGCUAGGCACUUUCGCCACUUCUGAUUUGCAUUUCAGUUACAUUCACUCUGAACUGAUAGAUUGUCUCCCACGUUUUAAGCGUCUUAUCGACUUGCGUUAGCCGUUUUCCCUGAUGAUCGGUUGCUUUACCCACCUCCGACAUUAGCGUUGAAACCGCAGUUAAGGCUUUUAUGACGCAGUAAGUUUCCGCAUUUGGAGUUCCUGCGACUGUCAGGUCUGAACGUCAAUCCAAAUCCAAAUCGAAAUUGUUCCGCUUGCUCACCUUUCUACUCAUCAUCAAUCGAACUCGAACGCCUGUCUGCCAUUCAAAGGCAAAUGACCUAGUUUGACGUUUAGAUCGGCAGACAAAGACGGAUAUAAUGCCUCAGUCCGAUCAUUUACGAUGGUCCAAUAACUUCCCUUAGGAUGUUUUGCAUCCGUUCCACUCUUAAGGUCGACAUCGGUUGGACUGCAGCCGAUCUUGCCUACAGAACUUACUUAAUACUGCACGGCGAGUUAGUUCCUCUUGCUAGCGUGCUAGAAUCUUCUGAUCACGGCAGUUAUGCGGGUGGAAUACGCGGUGCUAUAAGCACUACACAUCACACCGCUACUGACGCGCUGCUGAAAGAACAUCUUUUUCUGACCCACAAGCAAAGUUUCAAGUCGUGACAGCCCUACAUGUGGGCAGAAUGAAUUUGCUCUCAAUGAUCCUCAACUUCUGUCACCAGACGGAAGGAAAUUAUAGUGUGGUUAGAAUUGGUCUGUUACCCUUUCCCCCCAGAAAUUCAAGUUGACUUCGAAACUCUCGUUGCCACACUUUCCUACCCCCUCUAUCCAGUCCUUCACGUCUCUACUUUCAACCGAGUGUUUUAUAAAACAGGUUUCAUAUCCCUGCAGUUACAAGAGUCUUUUGUUGCAGAUUCGUAAAAGUCGACUGAUGUCAUGGAUUUUCGACGAAACGCUUCUACCCCUUUCUAUGUUUCCCGUUAACUCUCCACUAUAGUAUUUUGAAGACGUAGAAAGCGUGACUCCCACCAUUUCUUAGUUAACUCGCUUGUACUCGAGAUCGCAGCUCAAGAAGUUUCUGCCCUGUGUGAUUAUGAGACCAUGAGCAUAGUUAAACCAGCCGAGCAACUUGUUAAAGUUUGCUUACCUGCCCGGCGGGUUUCUCUGUGGCUGCGCGUGGGCUUGGCGGCCUGUCCGUGAACCAAGAAACGUCAGCACUUUCUAAGUUCCAAUUCCCUCCCCUUGCUUUCGGGAUUGUCUAUCAUAAUUGUUCUAGCUAUAGAUUUUUUCGGCUUUAACACAUCCGUUAUGGGAGCGUGCAUACAGUUGCAUAAUCCAUGAAUAAUGUAUAAUUAUACGCAUAUUACGCUUAAGCGUAAGCUUAUACUAAUAUAACCAAAAGGAUUCCUCGUUUUUUUUCCGAGUUUGUGUGUAUUUGUUAAUGCGGACAGUAAUCCUUGGCUUAUAGAGAAACUGCGUUUCUCAACGUAAACCUUCCGAAUUCCGUGGUUGUUGCACCCAGCCCAUAUAUCGAUGAACAAAGUCGUCUAGGACCGUUCUAUAUUUGUAAUCGAAAAUUGAAGGACGCCACUGUUCCAGCCGCAAUCUGGUAGUCAUCUGGUGGAUCCUAGGUUCGUUGCAUAGAAAAACCUGCCUUGGCGGCCAGCCGAUUGCGUUAGAAUUGGUGAAUUCUAUACGCUACAGCAUGUUGGACGGGCAACAUAUCCCGAUCGUUAAAAGCCGGCUACCUUUGGUUAGGGCGUCGUACCUCAGGGGGUUAGGACGCUAGUCGUACUCAAGUCCUAACUUCCCUACCCAGGAUGCCGACCAUUGGGCAGUAAUUGGUUAACCAGCUUAGUUAUUCAGUCUGCCGACCCGCGUAGACGCUCUUUUGUUUUGAGGUUCUAUAUAGACAGUCAUUGAUGGUCAAGUGUACCAAUAUUUCAGUAGGAUUCGCCUGUCGGACAGGUCAGCGUCUUUGUAUUUUUCUGAAAAUAUACUAACUUAAUGGACUGCUUCUGUUUGAUGCUACACCCUAAGUAGUUCAUUCCGAAUCCUACCUUUUAAAAGCACAGCUGAAGUCCAUCCUCCAUUGAGUGAUGAUAGCUUAGUUGCCGGAGUCGAUGACGUUCGUUUACGUCCAUUUAGUUUUGUAAAUGUUAGAGGUGUGCCAGAUCGGUGGGCCCAUCACUCGCUUGGCGUUCACCAACUUGUACGUUAUGGAUAUUGCUUAUUUUCCUUGUACAUUAGAAUGGAUUUUAGCAAGCGUCAAAAACUGAUUAAGGUCUUUGCUCGCCGAGAACGACCGCGUAAGGGUGGUUUGGCGGAGCGAUGGUUUUCUUUGGGGUCUAGAUUUAAAGUUUGAUGUCUCGAUCUAUCCAUCCCGCAGCCAGGCUGUUUAAUUAUGUAAGACCAUUUGUAGAUUGUCGGUUCCCCAACUCUGCGUUCAAUCACUCCUAAAGAUAUUCCCUCCGCAUGGCCCACGACUACUAAUUCGUUAGACCAGUAAACCUGCUUGUCUUGAAGUUAGUCUUCACUGAAAACCGUUCUGGUUUAUGCCAGUUGUGGACAUGCCGGUUAGCAUACAGCCAUGCUGGCAAUCUGUUUCCUCCUUGGCUGGGUUCCUCCGUUAAUGCAUGCAGUCACUACUGUCUGUGAACGCCAGCUAGAGACUGAUAAUGAUGGUGCGUCAUUGUUUGGGCAGUCUGACGUCUGUCUCAAAGUAGGAGAGAUUGUAUUACAAGCGCUCAAGAAGUGGGGAAACAAUGGUAUCAACUUUUUCGACGAUCAGUCAUUUCAGAAGAGUAGUCGAGGAGCAUGUUCGUUUUCAGUAAAUCCUUAGGAAGCCUGUACAUUUUUAUGGGACCGGAGUACAAGUAGAACAUGUGAGUGCUAAGAGCAAUCGAUAGAAGUUCAUCUUGUUACUCAACUAGGGUGUAGGAAAAGAGGGGAGGGUGGAGCAAUGAGGAUUAGGGAAAUCCGCGUCAGGGAAGUAAAGGGUAAGACGCGGAGGAUUGCACGCAAUAAACGCAGGACUUGCACGAGAUUCUUCUGUGCGCACAUGAUCGGCUUGCAUAAGCUGACGACAGUCGCUUCUGUUGUUGCUAACAGACCCUGACCCGGUGAAUUAGAAAAGUUCGGUUGGAUCAUAUACAUCACACGGAAGGUUUCUUUUGGACUCACACAAUGCCUGGAGCCAAUAACAUAUGCAAAUAUGCCGUCACUGAUACCCCUAAUUUCGUCAUUUCUCAGCCAUGCCGAGAGGUGUUCCCGUAUUUUUUUUCGGAUAAGUGCUAAAUCUCGCGACCAUAAUGACCUGCCCUACAGUUUUUUUUUGAUUGACAAAAGCACUUUCGGUCGGUCGGGUUGCGUACUUACGCCGCUUAGCCAUGUGAACCGGCGAGCUAGAGUUCAGUGUAUUUAUCUUUUUCCGUGUUAUAGGGCCGGUCCUGUUGGCCAUGGCGCACACGUGCGAACACUGUGGAGCCUGCUUCAUGCGGCCAUCCAGGCUUCAGGUACACCUUCGGACGCAUACAGGCGAGGUUAGUUGUUUUGUAACUGAUGUACACCCACCACUGCCUGCGAGACUCAGCGAGACAAAAAACUACACUGGAAGGAUAUACAGUAGCUGGCUUAUCUCAUGAGACCUCAAUCGAAAUUCUGGAUUGUGCUUUCGACAAGAGAGAAUUGCCUACGUGGGACUGUAAUAUUGAUUAUUCUGCAGCACAAUUCCAAAAUAUUCUAGUCACGCCAAGAUGUCGGCCUUUAAACGAAAUCCCCGGCCGUCUGCAAAUCUGCACGGCAAGAGAUGGCUUCUUAAGUAUUAUGAGUUCUCUCCGUUGAUUUUCGACGCUCUUAUAAGUUCAAAUGUGUUUUGUAGAAAGACAUGCACAAAAUGUCUCAUUUUGCACUCAUUUGGUAGCAACUUACGUCUUAUGCUCUAGAGAAGGGUGCCUUCCGGUUAAAAAAGUUUGUUAUUAUGUGACCGUGAAAUUUCUAUUCCUACGGCAUCGUAUCUGCCUGUUUAUUAAUGCCGCUUAUGACGUAUACAACGUGGUCCACGCCCAUUUGAAAAUUUUAUGAACUCCCUGACCUCUUGGUAGCACAGGAAAAUGUAGGAUUUUCCUUUCAUGGAAAUAUGCGGCGUGUGUUUUGGGAAACGUAAGCUCAAGUGCAACUUAGGUCGGGUUUAAAGUUAUCCGGGAAUCGAAAAACGUUUUUGAAAAUCGGAAGAUACCCUUGUUAUUGAUAGCGUUCAUUGUUGACGGUCAGAUUGGCUGCCCCCGAAUUCUAUGAUUAUCCAAGUCAUCGAGCGUUGACAGUUCUUGAAAGCUGUGGCUGUGUUUUUAUAAGUUCCCCCCACACAUGCCCACCUGGACCUCGUCUGCAGGACGUAACCGCAGAGGCAAAUGCUCUUAAGGAUAGGGGGUCGAUGGUCACUGUGCUUCUUAGCAAUUGGGAGCGCUCUAUCGUUAGUUGUCCGCCGCAGAGUGCAUUCCCAACACGGAAUAUACUUCCAGACGACCCCCUCGGUAGCCCUUAUGCUGGUAUUUUCCGUACUCGUGCAGUGUCGAAGACAUACAAAGUUGCCUCGACACCUUUCUUGCACGGCGUGGCAGCAUGUCGUGGUUACUCCUUGUAUUUGUCUAAUGCGGUGAGGCAACCUAUUGUCAAUCAACCCCCAUAUUGCUGCACUUUCUAACUCAAAAUACCAAAAAAUUAGAAAUGGGAUUUUUGAAAACUGGGUCCGUUACUUGGAAAGAAUUCGGUUUUCCGUACCUGGCCUUACCUGGUUUUCGUGGAACCAAGAUCCACUUCCUAGCUCCAAGAAGGCAGACGGAACUUCUGUCGCUUACAUUGAUACCACUUUGCAGUAGAUGGCGCGCAAACCUGCACAUUUUGCGUGCGGUGUCGUUGCUGCACACGACCAGGUCCGCGCAUGGUAGACCAGAUUUUAACGGAAGCCCAUCUAAGCAAGAGUGCCAUGGAGAUCACAUUCAGAAGGAGCCGUUGCAGCCUGUCUCUGCAUCUUGAAAGGUCUGAGUUAUCCCUUUAGCUGACAGCCUUCCAACGCAUGACUUCUGGCGCGUCCGAUUUUUGUAUAUGGCAAGGAAUGCGCUGACGUGUCGUGCGAAUGGAUUCUCUUCUCUCUCCCACGGACCAGUCGACUGGCCGAGCCUCUUGGACAUUUGGUGCAGUGGUUGAUGGAGUUGCAGGAAGCCGUCUAUGUUUGCCACAAACGACCCGGUCAUGCAUUAGGUUGCACCAAAGAACAUGCUUACAACUGACAUGAUAGGUGUAUUUUCCGUGCAGGUUGUGGAUGAUUUGGGGUAGUGAGGCGAAAUCUGUUGAUAAAGUUUGAUCUGCAGUAUUUUACUGCAUAUCCUUAUGGAGGCAAACAUGGCCAGGUAUGACCCAUGCGGCGACCAAAUGAUCAUGGCCAGUGUGGGCAGAUGAGGCGGGUGCAGCUGGUUUACGUUGGCGCACCUGGCAGUGGUUCGCUAUUCUCCGUGCGCUGGGUUCGCAAGUGAUACCCGUUUCUAUAUAUUCCCCAGUGCGGGCUUCUUUUCACUGCAUUGAAUCUCAAGUUCGCUCAGCCUGAUCAUUCGCCACCGAUUUAGUUUGCCUUCUGAUCCCCCUUUUCCGCCAAAGCCCUAUUCAUGGUCAUUCGGAGACUGGCAAUUUUCAUGUCCUUCGCUGCGCCGUGGUCGCUUGUCCCCCACAUGAGCUAUUGCUGCCUGACUGUGUAACAUCUUGAGUGAGCGGUGACUCUUAGUUGAUCAUUGUGACGAUGCUUGUGAGGAGUAGGAGUACGGACGCAGUGAUGCUAAUGCUGAUGUCUUAUUUUGUCCAUGUCCCCCGAUAGCGCCCCUUCCGCUGUUCCUGUGGCCGCAGUUACAUUCGUCGACAGCAUCUGGUGCGCCAUCAGGCCAAAUGUACCGGUGAUUGUUCCUCAUCGCCGGCCAGACCUGCCCUCGGCACGUCGUCCAAGUCGCAGAAUUCAUCCGGUCACACAGACUACUCCUGUCCUCAGUGCGGCUCGGGUCCAUUUGCCAAGAAGAAGAGCGUAUGGGCCCACUUGGCUAUUGUUCAUGGGUGAGUUGCACUCACAGCCACGACGGGCACCCCUGUCCCCGCACUGGUGACUUCCGCUUGAGUUUUUCGUGGUGAAACCGACGCCCACAGCAUUCGUCCUGUCAUUACCACACCCACUGUGCCUCAAUGACAGCAACACAAAGUCGUGUCACCUGAAAGCACAGGGAAAUGUAGUGGCGGCUGAAUGAGAUAAGCAGUCCAUCUACAAGUGCCACGCAUGACCUGAUCUCUAAGUCCACAUAAUUCGACCUUCAGAUAAAGCGGUCUCUCAUGUCUCAUGUAAUGAGAGGCGUUGUUUUACUUUAGCUCUGUCCUUGGUGGGACCUAGUCGUAUCGCGUCAGUUGGCAACCUUCCACGCCACGAGUGCUGGCACGUUUUUUGUUUGCGGUAAGUGAACAAAUCAUCCAGGUUGGAUCAACUCUCUCUUCCUCACAUGCGAGAGGUUCGGCACUUCAGUGGGUCACUCAGCAUUUUAAUUUUUCAAAUUUUGGCAAGAUCGCAGUUGGUAGCUAGGCACCGUAUUACAGGUGGCCGGGGGUUUGUUUACUGGGGCUUUUUUGUGGGGCUACAUAAUCACGUCUGACCAAUUUGGCUUCCGUUUUAAGUUUGAGCUUAGGAUUAGGGUACCAGUUAAUGGUGUCCGGUUUUAGGGUUAGGGUUAUGUCAUUUAGGUUUGUGUUUUUGGGUUACGGUUAGGGUUUGAGUUUACGACGAGGUUUCAGUGCCACAGUUAGGUUUUAUAGCUAGGUCUAUGUCUAAGGGCUACGGUCACGUUUACGAUUUCGGUUAGAGUUAGGGUUAAGGUUGCCGUCAGGGUUAACGUUUAAGGUUAAGGUUAGGAUUAGGGUAAAGGUCGCCGUCCGCUUCCCCAUUUCUGGCUAACAACUGCGAUCUAGCCUAAAUUUUUCAUUAAAAAAGCAACAGUUUCUAGACUGCAGUAUCAACCAGAAAGCACACGGGAACUGCUGGGGGACCCACUGAAGAGCCGAACCCCCUCACAGUUGUGUCAUGCAAUGGUAGAAUAUCUGCGGAACACGCGUGUCUGGGCUUUUAGCUAAUACCUGUGCUGCUAGUGUGGUAUCUUCUAACGCCAGAGUAUUAUGCGGUUACUCCAUCGUGACUGAUGGAUUUCGGCCAAAAUAUUCAAAUCAAAUUUCAGUUUGAGUUUAUAAGUCUCAAAUGGAUCGAUUUACUCCAAGCUAGCCAAUAAUUUGUGAGGAAAUUAAAAACCCACUACAGUAUUUUGCAAAAGAAUUUCAGAACCGUCCGGUCGCCAACACUUUGCCCUGUUAGUCUUUAGUUACUCCAGUCUUGACUAUGCGUUCCAUGUUUUGACCAGUCGACUUUUCGUUAGCCUCUGUUUUGUAAAGGUUUUCUAAAUCUAGCCAAUUUUUAUUGGGUGACUUUUUCGCCACCAUCAUCAUUAUCCUAUUUUUCAUAUCCUCCGCGUGUGCCAGUGUCUAAUAACCACUGUAGAAUCAAACAAUUUUGUCAAGCCAUUUGCUGUCCUGUUCGGUAAAGCUGUCUGCACCUAUCACCUCAAAUCUCUACCCCUUUCCUUUCCAGCGAGCGUCGCUUCCACUGUGACCAGUGUGGAAACCGGUUUCCAACCAAGUCGAAGCUGGAGCGCCACUUGAGUCGGCACCACAAACUGCAGUGUCUGCUGUGCCCUGCGUCCUCGGAGGGUGACCCAGAUGGCGCGACCGAGCCACGUGCGGAAUUUGAAAAUUUUUCAAAACUCCGGAAGCACAUGGCCACAUGCCAUCCAAAACCAGGUUUGUUGAAUUGCUCGUUCUAGCAGGUUGCUGAAAGGUAGAGAUUGAGAGUACUGCCACUAGCGUUAUCCGACACAACUUAAUCCCUGUCUGUAGCCCGAACGAAGCAGAACACUCGUCUUCCGCCUGGCGACUAGGCCGCAUGGGUGAACAGCAUUUUGGCGGACUCUUGAAUAUUCCUCAAACGCACCUAAUAGAGCGUCUGUCCCGGCGAUCGAAUAACCCGGGCUUACUCCUCAAAAAUUUCCGACCCAGAAUAUGAGCUAUGGUCCUGACGACGACAAAGAAUUCCGCAACGCCCAUCCCACUACCCGCCGAUAUUAGUCAUCGAUUAUAAGAAAUCGAUCAUUUUUUCACAAGUGCUGCGCUUAGAACUCGAGCCACCGUACUUUUCCGUCUUCGAAAUGUUUUCUUGACUGUUAGAUGAGAAGGAAGUGCAGACAGUCUCCAGCUCGCUGAAUUUUUGGCAUUUGGGAUUGGCGGUCAUGUAGCUUCCGUGUUUGAGAAAACCACCUACUAUAAAUUGAUGGGGACUGGCGACAGUGCUAUUAGGACAUGACAGUUCGACCGUCGUAGGCAGUGAUAUUCACUGUGCGCUCCACAGUGAGGUGAAUACAGGCACGGUGACUUGUGCGUAAAUUAGGUUAUAGUGGUAGUAGACUUGCACAGCAUCUACCACACUCCUCCCUCACCUAGACCCGCUUUCGUUACAUACUCAAGGAGGCCGGAGGUGGGAGAGGGCGCAGGUAGAUGGCACGGCGAAUGAGCUCACAUCUAGGCGUACCACCACGCCCCGAAGACGGUAAAUAACGCCAUGCAUACUAUAGGGUUACUUAGCCUACGUCAACACAUUCUACCAUACACUUUUAUUUCAAUUUUUGCGUACUGAUUGCGUCCCCGGACCCCGUUAACCCCCAUAGCAAAAAUAGAGGACUUACUCGCGUUUCUGUCUGAUCAGUGUAUGUAACUGAGAAACAGUUUGAUGACAGACAGUGGUGAAUUCCUUCUUGGCAUAAAGGUGGUGUGUGUAUUUCCAAAACUCCCCUCCGGCCGUCAUCUAGGUAUGCUUUCAAGAGAGGGCCUUCCUAAGCCUGGGGUUGGGUGUGGCCGGAAACGAUCAACCCAAUCUACAUUUUCUUUGCUGGUAUUUCCAUUUCUGCCUAUAUUGCUGGUCUUCUAUACAUCCGUCUGUGAGAACUCUAGAUUGAGCGUCAAGGUGCAACAAAACGCAUGUUCCGUAACCCCGCCAGUGAACAACCCUGUCGCGAUAUUAUAUAUACAUUGGUAGGGGACGCUCAAUGAUCUUUCAUACGGAACUCACUCGUUCCGUUGUGCCCUACGGGCUCUCCCUCGAGCCCAGUCAGCAACCGCACAGCGUCGCAUGAUAUAGGCAGGAUGGCAUUACCGACAAAGACAAGGGAGACCGGAAUGGCCAUUUCUGGCUUAUUAGCCGUCAUCAGCCAGUCAUACCCAACCCCAAGUGUGGAUCACUUGAGAUUCGAACCCGGGAUCUUUGGUCAUGGAGUUGAACGCUCUACCAUUGAGCCAAUUGGCCAAUUGAGCCAUUGGCUCAAUGGUAGAGCGUUCAACUCCAUGACCAAAGAUCCCGGGUUCGAAUCUCAAGUGAUCCACACUUGGGGUUGGGUAUGACUGGCUGAUGACAGCUAAUAAGCCAGAAAUGGCCAUUCCGGUCUCCCUUGUCUUUGUCGGUAUUACCUUUCCAACAUAUAUCACUAGUCGCUGUGCGACUGCCUGCGAGGGUUUAAGUAUGAGCCCCAAGGCACAACGGAACGAGCAUGUUCCGUAACCUGAUCGGUGAGCGCCCACUAUCAUAAUUAAUAUUCCCGAUCACAACCGACAGGACAACGGGCCCGUGGCUCAAUGGUAGAGCGUUCAACUCCAUGACCAAAGAUACCGGGUUCGAAUCUCAAGUGAUCCACACUUGGGGUUGGGUAUGACUGGCUGAUGACGGCUAAUAAGCCAGAAAUGGCCAUUCCGGUCUCCCUUGUCUUUGUCGGUAUUACCUUUCCAUAUAUAUAUAUAUAUAUAUAUAUAUAUAUAUAAUAUAGAUCAGAGGAGUAUAUAUAUAUAUAUAUGUACAUAACUUCUAAAAUUAUUAGCUUGAAUAUUCUCUGGAGUUCAUAUAGCAGAAAUCACAUAGACAACGCUUGGGGGUCCUUUGAGGAGCCGAGCCCCCGCUGCUGUGUCACGCAGCGGCAGAAUAUCGGCGGAACAUGUGUCUAGACCCUUAGCUAGUACCUAUUUCGGGAGUACGGUAUAAUACAUUUGCCAUACAUAUAUGAGAGGAGUGACGACAGUCUGGAGGUAGAUUAAUACAGAAGUGUCUCGAGCUUGUUUGCCUUAAGUCAGCCAAUCAUAACCCUGACAACCAGCUGGGGCUGGAAACACGAACACGUGCACAUAGGUCUGACACAGCUGGUGUGCCAGUUGGUCUAGCAGUUGAUCUCAUAGCCAGGCCGACUUCGGCCUAGAAGUCGGUUGCCCGUUCGUGAUUCCUGUCACCCAUAUGGAGCUUCUUUGCUUCGGAAAGCCAGUAGAUCAGUGUGCGCCCAUUCAUGAGUGAAUAUAUGUUUAUGUAACCACAUGUAUAGGCAUAGGCGUUCAUUGGUGGAGUUAUGAACGACCAACGACGACUAAUAAGCCAGGAAUGGCCAUCCCACCUCCUCGCCCCGGUGGCUUGGGCUUUGUGUGACUUUUGCUCGUCAGCGGUAUAUUGCUAGCAAGACCGACAGUAAUAGGAUGAUAGGGCCGCUGCCGACGACUACUUCAUCCGUCCCCCUCUCUCCCCGCCUUCAUUUUCCCGUCCAGCUUUCAAGUGCUCAGUCUGUCAGCUACGUUUCUCCCGCGCGCAACACCUGACCGAGCACGAGGCCACUCACACACCCGGCGGUCCGGCGAACAGACGUCGUUUCGUCUGUCACCUAUGCCCUCCUGCCGUUGCCGCCUCAACCUCCGGUGGCGACGAUUCAUCCCCCUCAUCACUGACGCCAUCACCCGCUCCGGUAGCCUUCACCGCUAAGCGCAACCUCGUGGCACACAUACGCUCCGUGCACUCCAGCGAACUGCGGCGUUUCGCUUGUCCUUAUCCCUACUGCCCAGCCCUUCUGUCGACACAGGUGUGUUUAUGCAGAGUUGCGUCUCUGUCCAUUCCCCCCUCCCCCCUUCUUCCACCCACCUCCGGUCCUACUUUUGUGCGUUUCUACUUAUAUAUGCCGAGCUACUGUCUAUUGUCUGCCGUUUAACCAGGUAGUUACCCAUUUCUCUUUGGGCAGAAUAACAUUAUCGAUAAAGGCAAGGGAGACUGGAAUGACCGUUUCGGACUUACUAACCGUCGUCAGCCAGCCAUACCAGACCCUGAGGUGUGCAACCCUUGAAGUUCAGUCUGGCGACCUGUCGGUCAGAAGUCAAGCGUCCUAACCACUGAGCCACGGGCUCGUCCUAUCGUUUGCGAUAGGGCAUAUAUAAUUGUAGAGGAGCGCUAACCGAUCGUUUUUUACGGAAAUCACUCAUCCUCCCGAGCCGUGCCAGCAACCGUACAGCGACGCGUAUUAUAACAUUACCGACAAAGACAAGGUUGGGUAUGGCUGGCUAACGACGGCUGAUAAUCCAGUAAUGACCAUUCCAGUCUCCAUUGUCUUAGUCGGUAAUGCUAUUCUGCCCAUAUUACGCGCCGCUGUGUGGUUGCUGGCGAGGCUCGAGAGAGAGAGAGAGAGUCCCAAGGCACAACGGGACGAAUCAGUUCCGUAACGUGAUCGGAGGUCAUCCCUCUGCCAUUUCUCUAUACCAUGUUCAAUUUUAAACUCUGGUUAAUUUUAUUUAUUCUCCAUUGUUUUUAUUGUCUUCUCUCACCAACAGCAAAAACUAUCCCUUCACUUGCGCCGACACGCGAACCCGACCUCACAAGUUUCCGUCUCUCAGCGGCCCUCAACCCUCCUCCAAAGACGCAGUCGAUUACUGGCGGGGGCCGGAGUGCCGCCACGACGACGCAAAUGUGUGCCACUCAAGGAGCUCAAUGAGGCCUGGGAGACGGACAGCCAGAGCAGCGUACUCUCACUGCUCGCCUAA